AUGAAAGUUUGGAAAAAAACUGGUUUUGCUUUCAAUUACAAAGCUGCUGUGUCCAUGAAAGCUGAAGACAUUUUGUUUAAGUUAUCAGAAUCUUAUACCAAAUCAGAGCUGGAAAUGAUUUUCUGCACAAUGUGGUCAAUUUGGUCUGAUCGAAACAAUGUCAUUCAUGGUAAACUAGCACAACAGCCGACUGCAAUCUUUGCUAAAGCUCAGAGUUUUCUAAGCAACUUCCAGACUUUACAGCAGCACUCACUUCCUGCUGGUUUAUCGCUUGCCGCAACUCCUUCCAAUUGCAAAGAAUGGAAACCUCCUCCUCCAAACUGUCUCAAGUUGAACAUAGAUGUUGCUUUCAAUGCAGCCUGCAAAAAGAUUGGAUUUUGGGCUAUCAUAAGAGAUUCCAAUGGCAAUGUUAAAGCUGCUAUGUCUCAUCCUAUCCAUGGUUGCUGUCGGCCACAAGAAAUGGAAGCAAAGGGUCUCUUUUAUAGCCUUAAAUUUGCUAGACAGUUUAACUUCAAGGUUGACAUGGUGGAGACAGAUUCAUUGAUCCUUGCAAAUUCUCUCAAAAAAUCAACAUUAAACCGAUCUUCAUUUCAAGAUUUAAUUUUUGAUGUUCAAACUCAAUUAUCCUAUCUCCCUUCAGUUUGUGUUUAUAAUGUUCGUUGUGAUGUUAACCAAGCCGCACAUGAUUUGGCUAAACAAGCUUUAGUGUCGAUAAUAUUUGUACCUGGCUUUAGAACUUUCCCUAAGCUAUUCAUUCUGUUUUUGUAA